GGUCCCUGUGCAGCGCCGGAGGUAGACUCUCUCCAUCACAGGGCUGGAUUAUCUCAGGGUUCAGGGUGCUGUGAUUGGAAUGGGGGUUUGAAACCCGCCUGCAAGGGUGGGGAGAGCCCAUCUGCAUCACUCUGUUGCCAUGAGGUGCCUUGUUACCGGGGGCAAUGUCAAAGUCCUCGGGAAAGCUGUGCAUUCUCUGUCCCGCAUCGGAGACGAGCUCUACGUAGAGCCCACGGAGGACGGGCUCUCUCUGCGUGCUGUCAACUCCUCCCGCUCGGCCUACGCGUGCUUCCUGUUUGCCCCGCUCUUUUUCCAGCUCUACGAGGAGGGGAGCCCAGACCCCGAUGGGGAGACCUUCCGCUGUAAGGUCCUCAUGAAGUCCUUCCUGGGUGUGUUCCGCUCAUUGCCCUCGCUGGAGAAGACGGUCGAGAAGUGUCUGAUAUCCCUGAAGCCCCGGGCCAGCCGACUGGUCGUGCAGCUGCACUGCAAAUAUGGCGUCACCAAGACCCACAACCUGUCAUUCCAAGAGUGCGAGUUGCUGCAGGCCGUUUUCGACAAGGAGCUGUGCGCCAACGCCCUGCACGCCCCUGCCCGGGUGCUGGUGGAUGCUGUGGUCCAUUUCCCAGUGACGCUGGCCGAGGUGACGCUGGGGGUCAGCCCUGCCGGGAAGGUGAGCUUCCGCAACUACCUGGAUGAGGAGACAGAGCCCAGCAGGACAAUGGUGACAGAGUUGUGCCUCUCCGAGGACGAGUUCCAGGAUGUCCGGAUACAGCAGCAAUCGCAUGUCACCUUCUGCCUCAAGGAGUUCCGGGGUCUCCUGAGUUUUGCUGAGUCCUCCAACCUGCCCCUCAACAUCUACUUCGACUGCCCUGGCAGGCCAGCCAUCUUCACCCUGUCGGACCCCCUGCUGGAAGUGCACCUCGUCCUGGCCACCCUGUCAGACCCUAACAGCAGCUUAGAGGUCCCCUCCACAACCUUGCGGGCCCGACCAGCCAAUGGCACUUUCCCCCCGGCUGUGCCUGAUGAUGACUUCAGUGGUGAUGACAUCGAUUCCUACAUGAUUGCUAUGGAGACCACGUGUGAGGAGGGGCCUGGGCUACCCUCCAGCCCCACCUUUCCCCAGAGACGCCCCCAUCCAGGCGCUGCGCUGGAGUCAGAGAGCAGCUCCCUGGAAAGUGACCAGGAGGGGGCUGUGCCAGGGACCCCCCCACAGAAAAAGUUCCGCUCCUUGUUCUUUGGGUCGGUGCUGUCCCAGUCUCAGGCGGGCACCCACACUGGGCCCAGCCAGGAUGUGCUGGCUGAGGACAGCGAAGGAGAGUCCUGAGAGGUCCCGUUCUGCCCUUGCCCCCUCCCCAAGAGAGCCCCCGGCAGCCUGGAUGGAGAAGCAGGACCUGGCACCUCUGCUGGAGCGGAGCCGGAAGUCUGGGCUGGGGCUGCUGCUUCCAAGCCACUGAACAGACCAUGCCCUGUAAAUAAACCCUUUGUAAUAAAACAGGCUGCUGCCUCCAGGGCUGUUGCUGAAGGAGCUCGGCCCCUGCACUCCACCCCCCACAAAAAAAAAACACUGGCACCAGCUUGGAGGGAGGGGGGAGAAUAGCAGGCAGGCUCCUGUACCUGGAAGAGGCUGUGCCAGGAGGGGGAGGCAAGGUAUUCCCCACACCCACCCUGUGCCGCUGGUUAUUGUAGCCAAGCUAAGUCUCCCUUCUUGUAAGGCGGGGCGGGGGGAGAUCCCAUACCAUCUCCCUGAGCUUCUCCCGCAGAAAGAAGCCUGAAUCAGAGCAAAUUUCUGGCAGAGCCCAGGUGCCAGUCCCAAGGGGGCCAGUGCCAGAGCUGAGCUGAACCUCACAGUACCCCUCUUACUGCCCCACAAGCAUAAGCUGACACAGGCCUGGUAACCCACCCCCCUUUCCUCUGCUUAGACGCCACCAACUCUGCCAGUGCCAUGGGCUCCUACAGUGGCCCAUGGCAACUGCCCAGCCCCCUUCUGCUGGGGGCACACACUAGGCACAGCUGGGCUGGGUCCUACUCCCGGGCACAUGGCUGAUCCCAGCCGUGCUCUUUCCUGGCCACAAUGGAGGCAGAAAGCAUGGUCCUGUGCUCCCACCCCCCACAUGCAUAAAAGCCCCUUAGAACAGAGGCCAGGGAAGAAAGGGAAGGGCUGCUCUGAACCCCCCUUCCCUGAGCAGCUAAGUUCAGCCCGAGAUCCUCUGCCACAGUGUAACCCCCAAUGCCUCCUCCACCCAGCCUGGAGUCAGCUGCCUCUGCCCCCCUCAGCAGCCAAGGGGCCCCUCUCUCCUUUGCCCCACCAGGAAGCUAGAUCAGAGCGCCAGCAUAACUCUCCAUGCAGUUAGUGACAGCACGGCUCUCCCCAGGAAGGCGAGAUAGGAAGCCCCUGUGGGAUUGGGGGCAGCAGGCAGGUGCUGAGGGGAGAUGCCCCGGGGCAUGGAGAAUGGUAGGGGGCAGUUCCUGGAACGGGCAGAGCCUCAGCCCAGGGCUGGCUGGGGUCUAUAACCUGGCAGGGGAGCCCUGGCCCAGGCUAGGAACAGAGGGAAGAGGAAGCAGCAGGGUUAAGAAUUUCUGGUAAAUAUUUAUUCAAAAAGAUUCUCAGCAGCAGGGGGGAGGGGCAGGGGCUCAACUGGCAAAAUAGACGUGAUCCAAAAAAAAA